GAAACCACGGACAAGUCCAACAUCGCCGCGGUGCUUUCCACCGUGGCACAGAUCCACUUGUCCAACAUGGUGGCAGAGAUCUCCAAAGCCCCACGAGAGGAGCCUGACUUCCAGAUGAUCGAAGAGACGGUGCAGGCUGGUUGGCGAGCAAGAGAUGCUGCGCAUUCCGUCUACGAAGAAGAGAAGUCGGAGCGAGCCAAGGCGCUACUGGCGCCCAUCGCCUUCCUGUUAGAUUUGCAGCGGCAAUAUGCCUUCAACAAAGAAGACAUCCUUCAAGAAAAAAAAUGGCAGAAUAUGGCAAUGCGGAAAACCCAAGAAACCUACCGUGCUCAUGAAGACACAGAAGAUGGCAGACCUGGAACCCGCCCGGGGCGAUUUCAAUUGCACAUGAGGGCCCAGACCUUUUUGGCCGUGAAGGAUGCUGAUGAGGCCAUGCAGCAUGUCCAGGAGGGUGAAGUCAUUUGCCAAGAGGGCCAGGAUGAGACGGGGCAGAUCAUUGGAUACAUCCUGCGCUCCUACGUCGCCAUCCUGAGACACGACAUGCUCACAGCCAAGAAGGAGGCCGAAAACGCCAACGCCAAGUCCAAGGACAUAGGCUACGACUUCGGCGUGUCGCUCUGCGAGGGCAUCUUCGACCUGGUGGAGAGCUCGAAAGAUGCGGACGGCGGCAUUCCAUCGGCGCCGCCUUCCACCAUGAUGCCAACCAUGCCGGAUAUGCCCAUGGGCAUGCCCAACAUGCCUAAGCCUAGAGGGCCCAUGCCGCGGCCACCGGGUGGAGGUAUGGCCCCCAUGGCCCCCGGCGCCCCCUCGGCAGCACCAGCGGCGGUGGGUAAGCCGAAGAUCGAACCUGAGAUGGUCAAGGUGCAAAUCCAGGACGUGGCGACCAGCUUGGUCGGCGACGAUAACAUCGCUGCGGACACGCCUUUGAUGGACGCAGGCCUGGACAGUCUGUCCAUGGUGGAAUUCCGAAACGAGCUGCUCAAGGAAUUCCCUGGCAUUUCCCUGCCUGGUGCCUUGUUGUUCGACUAUCCAACUGCCAUGAAUCCGAUGAUGGGCGGAGGUAUGGGCUGCCCACGCCCCAUGGGGGGCAUGGGUGGCAUGGGCGGCAUGGGCGGUGGAAUGGGCGGAUGUGGCAUGGGCGGCGCCAUGCCGAUGAUGCAGCAACAGAUGAUGAUGCAGAAUCAGAUGAUGCAGAUGAUGAUGGGCGGCGGCGGCGGUGGUGGAGGGGAUAUGAAAAAGAUGCAAGAGAUGAUGACACAGAUGAUGGGUGGCUCUACCAAGAAGAGCAAAGGUGAAAAGUCCGGAGAGAAGAAAAAGAAACCCAAGGACAACGCCACGGUGAUCUUCGUGGGUGGCUUGCGAAAAACCACCGAAGAAGACCGGGUGACGGCGCAUUUUGCCAAGUUCGGACAGGUGGAGCACGUGGACAUCAAACGCCUGCCCGACGGCACCUCUCGCGGCUUCGCCUUCGUCAAGUUCUCCGACACCGAGGCCGUGGAGAAGGUCAUCGAUGCGCACGCCAAACAUAUGAUCGACAACAAGUGGGUUGAGGUGAAGCGUCACGAUGGAGUCGCCGCAUCGGCGGGACUCACCAGCUCCCUGCAGAAGGCCGAGGAACCCGAGGAGGAAGCAGAACCUCAGGGCGAGGAAUGGUCAGAGAAAUGGUCUGAGCAGUACUUAGCCAUGGCCUCGAAGUUGGGAGAGAUGCAGAAGG